UCCGCCGUGCCACAGAGACGAGCCGCGGCGGCGGCAGACACAGCCCCGGAGCGGGGCCGCGCCGCGCCGGGGGAGGCGGCGGAGGAUGGAGGAGGAGAUGCAGCCGGCGGAGGAGGGGCCCAGCACCCCCAAAAUCUACAAGCAGCGGGGUCCCUACAGCGUCCUGAAGACCUUCCCCGGGAAGCGGGCGGCGCUGGCCAAGCGCUAUGAGAGACCCACCAUGGUGGAGGUGCCCCGGGGGCGCGGAGCGGGGCAGCCCUUCCCGCACGCCGCCGAGCCGCUGCCCUACGCGCCGCACGGCCCCUUCCCCAACGGGCCCGCCCGCCCCGCCGCCGCCCCCGGCGCUGCCCAGGGCCACCCCCGCCCGCCGCCGCCGGCCCCGAGCUCCUCGGGCCGCUACGGCCCCUGCCCGGCGGCGGCGGGGGGCGGCGGCGCGGAGCUGAGCGCAGAGAGUCGAAUGAUUCUGGAUGCCUUUGCCCAACAAUGCAGCCGGGUUCUAAGUCUCUUAAAUUGUGGUGGAAAACUGCUGGACAACAAUCACUCUCAGUCCAUGAUUUCUUGUAUAAAGCAGGAAAACCCAAAUUAUAGUGAAAGACAAGAGCAAUGUCAGCUCGGGAAAGUGGUCCAUAGUCAGACGUCAGACAUUUUAGACAUAGAGAUGCAGUAUAUGCAAAAGAAACAACAAACCUCAGCCUUUCUGAGAGUUUUUACCGAUUCCCUUCAGAACUAUUUGCUUUCUGGGAGCUUCCCUUCUCAGAACACCUCAUCAAUAAAUGAUUUUAGCCAUUUGGCAGAUGUGGAUCCACUUUCAACCUCUCCAGUACACACUUUAGGUGGAUGGACAUCUCCAGCAACAUCAGAAUCUCAUGGUCAUCCAUCAUCUUCUACACUUCCAGAGGAGGAAGAAGAGGAAGAGGAAGAAGGUUACUGCCCUCGGUGUCAAGAGCUAGAGCAGGAGGUAAUUUCAUUGCAACAAGAGAAUGAGGAGCUUCGUAGAAAGUUGGAGAGCAUUCCAGUGCCCUGCCAGACCGUUUUAGAUUAUCUGAAGACCGUACUUCAGCAUCACAACCAGCUGAUGGUACCGCAGCCAACAGACCAUCCGACCGAGGGGAGUAAGCAGUUGCUGAACAACUACCCUGUCUACAUCACUAGUAAACAGUGGGAUGAGGCUGUAAAUUCUUCCAAGAAAGAUGGACGACGGCUCCUUCGCUAUCUCAUCAGAUUUGUUUUCACAACCGAUGAGCUUAAGUACUCAUGCGGCCUUGGAAAAAGGAAAAGGUCAGUGCAGUCAGGAGAGACAGGUCCUGAAAGACGUCCUCUGGAUCCAGUUAAAGUAACAUGUCUCAGAGAGUUCAUUAGGAUGCACUGUACCUCCAACCCCGACUGGUGGAUGCCAUCUGAAGAGCAAAUAAACAAGGUGUUCAGUGACGCGGUGGGACACGCGCGCCAGGGCCGUGCCGUGGGGACUUUCCUUCACAAUGGCACCUCAUAUUAUGAAGGGACUGACCACCCCGGAUCACAGGAUGAAGUCUUCAAUAGAGGUAUGCAAGAUGGAUCUGGAGAUUGAUGGCAGUGAGAACCACAUCAUACGACAGUAGCAACCACUUAAUUUAGGAGAGACUGUUUGUUAAACACACUUAACCCUGCUGUCAUUUAGGAGUCCAAAGCAUGUUUGAACAUGUAUUGCGUACAUUUCAGCUUCUCCAUCCUACCAUAUCCCAGUUAACAGAAAGAAAUCAAUUUCAAGACCUGCUUUAUGGGACUUCUCAGUGCCUAUUAUUUCCAAAUCCCUCAUAGCACACUCAAAGGGAACAUGCAGUUCAUUUCAUCCAGCUAUAGAGGAAAGGUUAUUUAAAAACUCUAAAAAUGUCGAAAGAAACAACAGCUACUAUCUCUUCAGCUUAUUGAUAACAAUCCUAGGCCUGGACUCAGAAGAGCUGGGUGCUAUUUGCUUUCCCUGACAAGAAGAUUUAAGUAUAAGUCUGCACACUUACAACAAAAAAGGAGUGGUUUCCCAUUUGCUAACAGAAAAGAACGUAAUUAUAAAUGCUACCUUAAAAUACCACACAAGAUAGAAAAUCCAGGGACUUUCUUAGCCAACUCUGUCAGGAAAUUAAGCUUCCCGAGUAAAACAGAAGCACUCGUCAACAGCAGAAUCCUUCAAAGACCCAGAACAAUAACAGGCACCUCUAAGAGAUAAAAAUUGCAUUGUAUAUCAGACAGACAGUAUAUUUAUCUAGAUUUCUAGAGGAUUAGAGUUGAUCAUGACAGUUUUCAUUAAAACAAGAUUGCUAAAAACAAAUUGCCAUUUCAGAAGACAGAUUUUCCUUUGUCUGUUCCUAUUCUGCAGCCAUAUUAUGUAGCUUUAGAGGCUUUAAAUUGCCUUUUCUUGUUUUCACUUUCAUUUGUGUUCUAUAUCUAUUCCUUCAAAGAGGUGAGGCAAUGUGCUGGUUUUGCUCAGUUUUGCUUUCAGGGAGGGGUUGGGCAAGAAGAACCUGGUUUAGUGUUCUGUAGUAAGUGGACAUAGGAUCCAGACUGAGAGCUAUAAGAAAAGAGCUGUUGCAGCAGAACUCACAAUGGUGCACAACAUUGGAAGCAGAUAUUAGCUUUAAAAACAAAAGUCAAUCUACAAAAGAAGUCUAAUUUUAAAAGUUUAGGAGUUCAUUGUCCCUCUAAAUUGAUCCAUGCCAGAAAUACGCAAUGCCAAAGAAAUGAUGCCCUUUCUUUUCCACAUCAGGGUGUUUCCAUCUCCUUACCUUUGUGUUAUUUCAGGCCAGUGUUGGCAUCCUCCACAGCCUGAACCAGCUCUUCCUGAGGCAACAUUUCCCCACUGGCAGGUACAGGGAACUGUUUUUGGGAAAGCAAGCUCACUUCACUUUUGACCAUCCUUAGUGCUACCUCAUCAGCGUUGACUCUCCUGAACGCAUCUCUCAUACUCCCCAGCUUUCCUCACCGCCUUGUGCAAGCCACAAGCAUAGCUACUAAUGGCUCCUUUUACCCUUCUCCUCCCCUUCCCGACCUUCUCCCCAUGCACAGGGCAAGGCAGGAGGCACCCAGCCCCUUCCUCAGAGACCAAGAAGGGCUCUCUGGGGUGCAGCGCUCCUCAAGGGCCAGCCUGGCUGCAGGGCUGAGGAAGUCUCUCAAAUUUCAGCUCACCCACACAGGAGCUCCUUCCUGCCCUCUGCCUCCUCUUUGCCUGUGGUUGUGACUGGUCUCUCCUGGCCCAUGGGCCAUCUCGGGACACAGGCUCACUGUGCACUGCCAUAGAGAGGACCUUGCUCAGCCCCCAUAUGCUUUAGGUCCUCCAAUGUCCAGUAUCUCUCGGAUCACUUUAAUUUUGGUGAUUUUUUAAAAGGGGGUUGAAAGGCACUCACUGGCCCCAAAAUAACUGAUUUAUUUUCUAAAAGUCAACUACCAGUUUAGUCACACAGGACCUCACUAGACCAAGGGGUUUAGAACAGCAUUCCCUCAUUACAGGCAGGAGGUGACUUUCUUGGAGUGGUCACAGCACAUGGUGGCCUCUGGAGGAGAAACUCAGUGUAUAGAAAUGUCACAGUACAGAUAUCCUAUAGUAGCUUUUCGGUGUUGAACUUACACUUUUUUUAAAAGAACUAUAAUAGAAGAUGUUACAUUGCUCAGAUGGUGUAAGUCUUGCUGGUCUAUGUUUAAUGUGGUGACACAUGCCAGAACUAUUUGGUAAAACAUGUCAGAACGUGUGAGUCAACAUUAUACUGUAAAUUUGUCCACAGCGAUAUGUAUCAUGCUGUAUUUUUGUAAACAUUGUAAUGGUUUCCUUUCAGAUGCUUAAUUGUAUGAUGUUUAGGAUAGAAACACUUUUUAAGAGUCACAGAACAGAAUUACUGAACUGGACAGACCUCUCACUUACUAACUGAAAGAUUUGCUGAAGUAACUAGUAAGCCUAGCUUUAUUUUUAGUGUAAAAAGCAUAGCCAGCAUCCUGGAACCACUCACAAUCCUCUACUCUCAUUGUGCAAAAUAACCAAAAGUAUAAUUUCAUCCUGAAAGCCACUUUGGCAGUAGAAAUGGCUUUGCAGGUUUGGACCUUUCUUUAUGAACAAAAUGUUGCCCUCAACUGCUUAUGUGCACUAGCCAGUGACAUGAAUCAUGGCCACAGACAGGCAUUAACAGACACCAGCUCAUAUUUUUGUUCAUGUUUGGUUUUAAAAUAACAGAGUAUAAAAACUUUUGUCAGUUAUCUGUCUUUGUUUUUAAUUGCCAUCAUGACCACUUAACCCACACAUUUCAUUUUAAAAACCCCAAACCUUGCACAUCAUCUUAUUCCGUUAAUUUGUUCAUUAGGUGUUAUAAAUUCAUACACAUUGAAGCAUCUAAAUAUCUGCAAUAUGUUAGAUUUGGGACCUGAAAUAAUAGAUAGCACAUAAGCCCUUGCAGAGGGAAAUGUCCAUAUUUAGGCAGUGUGCUUUAUAAGCCAGUACAUCCCUUCCCAGCAACAGAAGGAAAGUGCUAUCUAUCAUGUCACUCCAGAAAGUCCCAGGAGGAUAGAGAUUCUUGUCUUAUCCUUCCAUACGCUUUAAUCUUACUGUCAUUUAGGUAUCUGCCUUCUCUCAAACUUCGUGUAGCAGCACCGCACGCCCAUCUGUGCCAACAUGCCUUCGCUAUAUUUUCUAUGACAAAUAUUUGUGGAGAAACUGUGAUUUAAAAAAAACAUUAAUCCUGAUAUUUUUAUUGUUAUGGUGUAGUUAAUUCUAUGAAUACUUUCUAAUGAUGAUUGUACUGUGUAGAGUAAGUACAGGUUAGGGAUAGACCUUUAUCAGAUAUUGUACAAAAGAAAAGUGCAUAGUGUAAUAUAGACUAGUAAGGUUUUUGUGACAAUUUCUAUAGGAUGUGUGAAUUGUUUUCUAUGUGGCAACACACAUUUCUUUUAAAGAAUAUAAAAUCUUAGAGAAUUUUUUAAACAGUCAAUAUUUUUUAAUUAUAAAGACAUUUGUUACCUACAGUUUACUAUUUCAAGUGUUAAUUCUAAUUUGAAUAUUGAUUUUAUUACUACAUACCUCCAGUUCCAUUUGUUCUGUUGCAUAAAAAUGCACAAUAAAAGUUAGUCUCUGGUUAACCUGUCUCUCUCUUUCUCUAGAGGCAAUGUUGUGUCAGUGUGACAGCCAUGACACCUGGGUCUCACUAUAAAUAUAUAUUAAAAGUUUUAGAUUUAUAUAAAGUGCUAGAACAUUU